AAAAAAAAGAAGCAAAAAUUAAGUAUUAAAGGAACACUCAUGGCGGAGCCGAAGAGCACCUUGGAAUCUGUUAGGAAAUGGGUCGUUGAGCACAAGCUUCGAACCGUUGGUUGUUUAUGGUUAAGUGGAAUAGCGGGCUCGAUUGCGUACAAUUGGUCACAACCUAAUAUGAAAACCAGCGUCAAGAUCAUUCAUGCUAGGUUGCAUGCUCAAGCACUCACACUUGCUGCUUUGUCGGGAGCUGCACUUGUCGAGUACUGUGAUCACAAACCGGGUGCUAAGGCAGAGCGUGUUGCCAACUAUCUCAAAGAUUGAAUCUU